ACAGUGCAUUGACUGCUGUGUUUCUAGAGAAUUUUACACGCUCAGUGGAAAGUGGAUACGUUUCACUGUGUUUAUUACUUUUUAUAAAUCGUUUUUUAUUAUGAAAAUAUCUUUUUAAUCACGUAUUUUGAAACUUAAUUCUGAUAAAGACGGCACAUGAGGCGUGGUUGUGAUGUUGAUGUGUCUAAAAUGCUACCAUGUCACAGCCCAUGAUGCAAGAGGAUGACGACGAUGAACUUUUCCUACCCAGCUUUCCUAACCCGCAGCUAACACACCUACAGAGGUCGGCUUACACCUUCCCUAACAAUGGGGAGACAUCACCAGAGAGCGACGACACCUGUUUUUCUAACUCGCUUAUGCAGAAAGAGGACCAGUCACUGCAGGGUGACAAUUUUCUCCACAACCUGGAGCAGUCCAAGACAGAUGAUGUACUGAGAGGCCGCGUCCAGAGGCAGGGGUCAAUUGUCGAUGGCCUCUUGCAUGAGAUCUAUGACCGCUGGCACUGUGGGCGGAGCGACAGCAUUGAUAGUGACACGUUGACAGAAUGCUCCAGUACGUCAGAGUUUUUCUUCCACAGCAGGCACGAGCCUGGAGGCUACCACUCUGCUAUAGAGAAACGCCAUGCUGGUCAGCUGAACAAGUCUUUCCUGCAAAGCCAGAGCAAGACCCAGCUGAAGCGCCUCCUGUCAGACCUGCAGCACAGUAUCGCCAUCAUGAACGUCCGGCUGGUCAAGCAGCUCAAGAGACGGGACAGACGAUUGGCCAAACUCCAGCGGAACUUUGACGUCAUCACGGCUGUCCUGCAGGCCGCCUCACUGAAAAGACAGAUCGACACCAGGAUGAAGUUCAGCAUCCAGCCACCCCCGGGCCAGAGUGCCUUCGAGCAGUGGCGUGACGCCAUGAAGGCCGUGUGUAGACUGCCUAUGGGGAUGCCGCCAGAGUUCAGGAAAAAGGUCUGGCUUAGCCUGGCUGACCACUAUCUACUCCAGCUCAAGAUGAACUGGGAGAAGACAGUGAGGUUUGUCUUCAAUGAACGCAGUAAUCCCGACGACGAACAGCUGGGGAUGCAAAUAGUCAAGGACCUCCACAGGACAGGCUGCAGUAACUUCAGUGGUGACGACAACGACGAGGACCGGGCAGUCCUCAAACGCCUGCUGCUGGCAUAUGCCCGCUGGAACAAGCGAGUUGGCUACUGUCAGGGUUUCAACGUGCUUGCUGCCCUGCUGCUCAAUGUCAUGGACAGAAAGGAAGACGAUGCCCUCAAGGUAAUGAUCUACCUAGUGGACAAUGUCUUACCUGAGAGUUACUUUGCCAACAACCUGAGGGCCUUAUCAGUGGACAUGGCAGUCUUCCGCGACCUCCUCAAGUUGACCUACCCAAAACUGGCAAAACACCUGGACAAAUUACAGAUGGCAGCGCAAGACGUCCGUACAGGCGCCUGCUAUGAGCCGCCACUGACCAAUGUGUUCACCAUGCAGUGGUUCCUGACGCUGUUUGCCACCUGCCUGCCUGUCAAUGUUGUCCUGCGAGUCUGGGACUCCAUCCUACUGGAGGGGUCAGAGAUUUUACUCAGGACGGCCCUGACCAUCUGGGGGAAGCUGGCCAAGCGUAUUAUGGGUGUGUCCAGUGCUGACGAGUUCUACUGUCUAAUGGGAGAUUUAUCCUCGAGUAUCAUGCAGGGAUAUAUUUUUGAUGGGGACACUAUGAUAAAGUCAAUCUAUUCCCUGGGUGACUUCCCCUUCCCUCACCUGAACGAGCUGCGUGAGAAAUACACCUACAACAUCCGCCCCUUCUCCCAGGCUACAGGUAGCAACAAGAAGACUGGAGGCAAGGGUGUCAUUAAAUCUCUGAUCAAUAGCGACGAUGACGAGCUGGAUGAAGAAGACAUCGCGGCCAUGGCUUGCAUGCCUGGUGAUGUGAGCUCAUCAGAUAUAUCCGUGUUGGGGCCAGGCGUGUAUGGCCCCAUGCUGGAGGAAGGUGCAAGCAAAGGCGCGCCACAAAUGGAACGUAUGAGCACAGACAUUCACAGCUUGAAGCUUCAGUACGAGAGGCUGAAGGAACGACAGCGCCAGGCUCAUAUCAUCAUUGCUGCUGCUUCAGCAAAGAAAAUAAAACCAGCCUCCUCCCAUAAGCUUGGUCCAAUGGAGGUCCAGGUCGCUGCCCUGGUGCCCAACAUUGAGUCUCCCACAGCCAUGAAUCACCUGUUUGUGGGGAAAGGCUUGACCAGCACCAAGAACAGGCUGCUGACAGACGGACCCAGAAUCUCGGCCCCGAACUACACCAGAAACAGUGGCCUUCUGGCCAAACAGCUGCAGGCCGUGGCCAACGCGAAGGCCGUCUCCAAGAGCCAGAGAAUGAGAACAGGGAUAUCGGCAGUGCAUUCGUCAGUGCCAGCACAACCUGCCACAGACAUGCCGACAUCACCUCAGCCAGUUGAUGACACCCCGACAUCCCCACCUGUCAUUAAAGUCCCAACAUUACUGCAAAUAGCUACAGAUACACGUGCAUCAUCACAGCCAGUCACCAACAGCCCUGCAACACUUGUUACACCCACCGCGACAUCACAUCAACCUGCCACGGAUAACACAAUGUCACCACCACCAUCCACGGAUAUCCCAAUGUCACCACCACUAACCACAGAUAUUCCUAUGUCACCACCACCAACCACAGAUAUCCCAAUGUCACCACCACCAACCACAGAUAUCCCAAUGUCACCACCACCAACCACAGAUAUUCCAAUGUCACCACCACCAACCACAGAUAUCCCAAUGUCACCACCACCAACCACAGAUAUCCCAAUGUCACCACCACCAACCAAAGAUAUCCCAAUGUCACCACCACCAACCAAAGAUAUUCCUAUGUCACCACCACCAACCACAGAUAUCCCAAUGUCACCACCACCAACCACAGAUAUUCCUAUGUCACCACCAAUCAAGCGUACCCCAGCUCAACCACUGAUGGAUACCCCAGUGUCACCUCAGGUUGUCACACAUGACCCAGCACCCCAGCCAUCAUCAAGUAUUACAUCACUUCCAGACAACCCAGUCCCAGAGGACUCACCAGCAGACAACCCACAACUCCGGCAUUUUCUCAACCAACUACAACUGGCUGCCCAAAAUUGUAGCCCUCAUAAUUCCCAUAACGCAGCAGCGAUAUCUCAUCUAACAAAAGAUGACAUGGUAUCUCAUCUAACAAAAGAUGACAUGGUAUCUCAUCUAACAAAAGAUGACAUGGUAUCUCAUCUGACAACGGAUUGCACUCACCAGCAGCAAGCUCCAUGCACUGUCAGUCCCCCCAUACCUCAGUGCCACCCUAUGCAAAUUGUGACUGACAACCAAGGAAAUGAUGUUGACAUUCCUUCAAGUCUUCCAUCAGCUCAAGAUGCUGAUCCAUCCGCCAUGCCGGACUUGAAUCAGUCCAGCGACAAAAUUUACUCUGGUAGCCUGCAUCCAUCCAGUAUAAAUGAGAGUAAAGAACUAUUGACCACAGAGGCCUUUGAAUCAGAAAGUGAGACUAUUGUAUCAGAAAGUGAGACUAUUGUAUCAGAAAGUGAGACUAUCUCCACAAAAGUUGUGCCAAUAGACCCAACGGAAAACCUUGUAACAGGUGCUCGGAGUCCUGUAAGAAACUGUAAGCCCACGUGUCACAGUGAAGUUAAACAUUGUGAAGACCUGGUGCCUGACUCAGUGGGAACUAAUCCUGCGGAGCCACCAGUGGGAACUAAUCCUGCGGAGCCUGUGUCCAUUGUGGCUGUACCAAGAAGUUUGAAUUUAACAUUUGACGGCACUAGAAGUAGGAGGAUCAGUGAGGGAAGAUCACUGGAGAAGCAAGAUGUACAUUCCAGCCAGGGGAAGCCAGUUGAGAAGCAAAUCCUGCACGUCAAGCAAAACACCACGCACUCUCGCAGACAUUCCUCCCCGGCCAGGACGCAGACCAACCCCAUGGCCUUCAGGAAAGCCAGCAUCCCUUUCAACCCGUUUCCUGUGAAACACUUCAACGCCAACCGGGCUAAAACUGGGCUGAAACUUGGCCUGUACACAGCCUCAACUUUGGAGCAGCUCAGCAGACGCAAGUCCAGCACAACAACAUGAUGGGGCCCUCGUAAAUUAUCUCUGUUAUAAACAUGUUUUUCUUGCUGAUAUCAGGAAUCAACGAAGAAUUCGUGACACAAGGGUUAGUUGUAUUACAAGUAGUAUUUUUGUUGCAUGUUUGAAGAAAAAAAAGUUGUUGGUUUGUUGAUGAUCCAGCUCUCAUGAGCUGCUGCAAUAGAAUCUAUGUGAUAUUUUUAUCUAGCAGGGGCAAUAGUGGUUGAGAGGUUUUUGAUACCUACAUCUAGUAGUGUGAGAGAAUGCUAUACAAGGUUUAGUUAGAGGUACUUGUUGCUAAAGUUCUAUUCAAAUGGAUUCAUUUUCAGUAAAAGAGGGUAUGAUCUGAGAACUUUUUUUUUUAAUUUAAUGGUGAAAGGUGGUAACUUUUUUUUUCUGUAGACAACUUGAAAUAACCCUAUUUACUACAAGUAUAGGUUUUGAUGGUUAAAUUGUUGUGCCAAAGUUCUAAUGAAAUCGAUCAUACGAAGGAAGAGAUUAAGAUAUUUUGUUAUAAAAGGCAUUUAAGUAGGAAGUGUUAAUUGAACUUCACCACAAGACUAAAUAUUGUGCAGAUUGUAAUAUGCUGAGAAAAAGGAAAUAUUUGUAUCAACUGAACCUCUUAAUUUUAUCUCUGAUGUUGCAUGAUAAACUAGAGGCUAACUUUUCCAACAAAAGCCCCACCAUGGUUACAGUGAAAUAGUAUUUUAAUAUAUAUGUAUCCAUUUUUAUUUAUUUAGUGGGUUUGUGUAAUCAUUAUUUAUAGCUUCUGUUUUAUUGUAGCAGAAAUUUAGCCUGUUUCUGAUCGUUAGAACUUUAUUUUACAUACAAUCGUUGCUGAAUGUUUUUGUUCAUUAAAACUGGGUGAUAUGAUGAUACAUUAAAAUAUUUUUUUUUAAAAAUGAAAUCCAUUUUAACAUUGUUUACCUAUGGAGAUGUAUUGUUCCGGACAUAUUUUGAAUACAUUCAAGACUAUUAAAGCAAUGUGAAACUAU